AUGGCUACAUAUAGGAUGGGCCUAACAAUGGCCAGACCACUGGUGAUUUGCAACUUGCAAAAUACGCUGGUUCACUGGCAUUGCAAUGAACAUCAAGCGAGGCAAGCAAGCAAAGGAUGCCAAGAGCAAUCUGGCCACAUAGGUGACUGCACAAUUGUCCAAUUCAAUCCAGUCAAACGAUUGUGGGAGGUGACCAGUCCCCUUCUUGUUCCUGGGGAACUGUUCUGCUACCUACUCUUUCCAUUCUGUGAGUGUGGGUUGGCAACACUUGCCCUGCGACAAAUGAAGAGCAGUCACUGGCACAAAGAAGCAUGUUUUGCAUGGCAAGCAGCAUUUUCUGCAAAGGUACUGUUUGACACCACAAGCCUAGGUUCCAAGCACUGCACAAGAGGGAGACCAGUUGUGACAGAGCAGCGUUUCAUACCAUGGGCAGGGCCCUCCCGGACAAAGAUGCUGGUGAAAUGCACUUCCCCGCCACUAAAGAUGAUGUGGAUGUUCACGAAUGCAAGGGAAACCACGAAGAAGAGCAGCACAUAUGGAAAAGAUGCAUGCUCUCAUGGUGCACUGAGCAUUUGA